GGCAAAACGCAUCUCAUCUUCCCUGCUCUCCUCCUUAGCAUUUCCUUUUAACUCGAGCGUUUUACUAAGCAGCAUCACCAGCCGCCGAAUCAUGUCGAUGAGCCCAAAGCAUACGACUCCUUUCUCAGUGUCUGACAUCUUGAGUCCUUUGGAGGAAAGCUACAAGAAAGUGGGCAUGGAGGGCAGUAACUUGGGGGCUCCCUUGUCAGCCUACAGACAGUCUCAGGUUUCUCAGCCGGCCAUGCAGCAGCACCCCAUGGGCCACAACGGAACAGUGACUGCCGCCUACCAUAUGACAGCGGCAGGGGUCCCCCAGCUCUCCCAUGCUACGAUGGGGGGCUACUGCAAUGGGAACCUGGGCAACAUGAGUGAGCUCCCGCCUUACCAGGACACCAUGAGGAACAGCGCUUCGGCGACAGGAUGGUACGGCACCAACCCGGACCCCCGCUUCUCCUCAAUCUCUCGCUUCAUGGCGCCGUCCUCGGGCAUGAACAUGGGCGGCAUGGGCAGCCUCGGCUCCCUGGGCGACGUGAGCAAGAGCAUGGCCCCGCUCCAGAGCACGCCGCGGAGGAAACGGAGGGUCCUUUUUUCCCAGGCCCAGGUUUACGAGCUGGAGAGACGUUUCAAGCAGCAGAAAUACCUCUCCGCCCCUGAGAGGGAACAUUUAGCCAGCAUGAUACACCUCACCCCGACUCAGGUCAAAAUCUGGUUCCAGAACCACCGCUACAAGAUGAAACGCCAGGCCAAAGACAAGGCUGCGCAGCAGCAGAUGCAACAGGAGAACGGCUCUUGCCAGCAGCAGCAGUCUCCCAGAAGGGUGGCAGUGCCAGUGCUUGUGAAGGAUGGCAAGCCCUGCCAAGCAGGCUCCAACACACCCACAGCCGCGAUCCAGAGCCAUCAGCAGCAGGCAGCUACAACAAUCACGGUGGCUACCAAUGGCAACAGCCUCGGACAGCAUCAGAGCCACCAGACAAACAGUGCGGGGCAGUCUCCAGACAUGGGACAGCACUCAGCCAGCCCUUCCUCUCUGCAGAGCCAAGUCUCCAGUUUGUCUCACCUAAACUCUUCUACUUCUGACUAUGGCACUGCCAUGUCUUGCUCCACCUUGCUAUACGGUAGGACCUGGUGAAAGGAUUAAACAAAGCAAAACAAAAAAAGGAAAAAAAAGAAAAAAAAAACAGAUUUCCCCAGUCACACAAAUGUCUGCCCUGUCCAAACUACUGGGUGAUUUUCUUUUCUUUUCUUUUUUUUCUUUCAUUCUUUUUUAACGCUUAUUUUUUUUGGUUUAACUGAAUGGUUCUCUGAGUACCCCUCAGAGAGAGAGAGAGAGGGGGAGUGACUUUUUGUUUGGUUUUAUUGCUACAGUUGAUGGUUUUGGGUAUUUUUUUCCCCCCAAGGUUGUUAAAUGGGGUGUUAAAAAAAUUCUGACUAAUAACCAUGGAGCAAUCUGCAGAAAGGGGACCAUCGUUAGGCGUGGUCUGAAGGCUUGGAUUUCAGAUGUACACUUUGCCAGCGUCUAGGACUUGCAUGUAAAUAUAGAGAUUUUGGGGGAUGGGGUGGUUUUCCCCAAAAAAGCAUUCGCGUCACCCAGACACAAGAAGCAGCUUUCCCCCCUCCCCCCGGUCUCCUCUCCCAGCCCCGCCGCCAGGGCCAGCGGAUGGAGAUGUGGAGUCAUCAAAGGCUUGGCUUUUAUUUUCCUCCUUACGUUUGAUGUGAACCUGUAGCUGUAUAAUGCUGUCAAAAGUUGGACUAAACCCAUAGUUUUUAGUAACCUGUAUAUUUUGUUGUAAAAUGAAAAAAAAAAUACAAUCAACCAAACCAACCCCCACCUUUUUUAUGGACACUGAUCGCCCCGUCGUAAAUCCUCUGGCAGUUUGUUAUUUGCGCACGCCGCCUUUUCCUGUUGUAACUUAUGUAGAUAUUUGGCUUAAAUAUAGUUCCUAAGAAGCUUCUAAUAAAUUAUACACAUUACGAAUAUUCUUUUUUAUUUCCCUUUGGUCCCCUCCCCGGUCCCGCCCUUGCCCUAAUUUCUUUUUUUGCUUGAUGGAGAAACAAACCGGGAUGCUACCAAAUCCUGAACCCCUGCCCCUCCGAGGGCCCGGACUCUGUUCCCAGAGGGGGACUGCGCCAGGGAGUUAAUGGGAAACAGGAUCAGUACCCAGCAUGGAAAAAUUACAAGCAAACGUGUGGGGCUGAUAAACUCGAGAGUGAAGAAAUCGAGUCCAAAUUGAUUAGCCCGGUUGGGGGGAGGCGGGGGAAAGCAUCUCGGAUACUUAUUGCUAGAGAAAGCAAAGUAUUCCGGGAGCAGAAAUUUAAAUGCCAAAGGCACGGAGGAGAAGGUAAAAGUCUAAUGCCACUAGAAACAAACUAACGAAGAACCUACUGACAGUAUAGAAUAUGCGGCCGUUUUAAAGAGCGUCCAGUUUUAAUAACUUGUAAAAAAAAGAGAAUCAUUUCUACCAGGUUUUCCUAUGUACUUGUAUUUUAAGGAAAGU